CAACACUUUAAUACUCGCCAUUUUGCGAGAAUGUCAGCCAAAUCAUCAUCCCGAGUUUUUAUAUGAAAAAUUUAUGUUGUUUUACGUGAAAUUAUUGUGAUUUAGUUUUUGUACCGAAACAUUACAACAGUGCAGCAAAAUGGAUCGAUUUAUAAGUAUGUGGAAGGUCCGGGAGCUCGCAGAUAAAGUGACCAACGUGGUGAUGAACUACACGGAAGUGGAGGGCAAGGUGCGCGAGGCGACGUCGGACGAAGCGUGGGGGCCCACCGGCCAGCAGAUGCAGGAGCUGGCGCUGGCCACCUUCACCUACGAGCACUUCCCGGAAGUCAUGUCCAUGCUGUGGCGGCGCAUGCUGCACGACAACCGCGCGCACUGGCGCAGGACCUACAAGUGUCUUCUCCUGCUGAGCUACUUGGUGCGCAACGGCUCGGAGCGCGUGGUUACGUCGGCGCGCGAACACAUUUAUGAUUUGCGAUCUCUGGAGAAUUACACUUUCGCUGACGAGCUGGGCAAAGAUCAGGGUAUAAACGUGAGGCACAAGGUGCGCGAACUGAUCGACUUCAUACAGGACGACGAGAGGCUGAGGGAGGAGAGGAAGAAGGCCAAGAAGAAUAAAGACAAAUAUAUUGGCAUGUCGUCGGAAGCUGUAGUGAUGGGCUCCCGGGGCGGCAUGGGUGGGAUGGGCGGCAUGGGCGUGGGCGGCGGGGGCGGCGCUGGGGGCUGGGGCGAGUAUAGCGACCGCAGCGGGGGAUGGGAUGAAAACAAAGAGAGAAACGAUGAGGAUGAGUACGAGAGAGAAGAUUCAGACGGAGACUACGGACACAGGAAACCACAGAAAGAGAACGUGUACCGCGACGCGGAGGUGAUAGCGGAGAGCCCGCCGCGCAGCGAGCGCGCGCGCGACGGGAAGGCGCUCAGCAUCAGCCUGCGCAGCCCGGCGCGGCAGAAACCCACCACGCCGGUCAAGAAGAUCGACCUGGGCGCAGCGGCGUCAUACGGCAAAUCGUUCCCCGCUCCCGCGUCCGCGUCCGCUUCCGCGCCCGCGCCCGCCGCCGCUCCGCCCAACACGCACAAGUCGCAGGAGCUGCUCGACGACCUGUUCAAGACGUGCGCCGCGCCCUCGCCCGCGCCCACGCCCACGCGCGCCCACGACGCGCACGCACCCGUGGGCGCGCUGCUGGAGGAUGACUUUGAUCCUCGUGCGGGCGAGCCCAAGCCGGCGCCGAAGCCCGAGGCGGAGUUCGGGGACUUCGCCAACGCCUUCGGAGCCCCCGCAGAGGCGCCCGGCAGCUUCGCCGACUUCAGCGCCUUCGACAACAACAACCCGCCGCCCGCCGCCACUGCGCCACCGGCCGCCCCGGCAUCGAACCUGGAUCUCCUGAGCGAGCUGAGCGCUCCCCCCACUUCGCCGCCGAGCUCGAUGGGCUUCGACCUGGACUCCCUCUCCGGACAGUUCGCCGGCGCCAGCCUGGCGCCCACGUUACAACCUACUGGAGAUAAGCUGCGCGCAGACAAACACACGACCGACCUGAUGCUAUACAUUAGGAACUUUAUAGACACGCUGCGAGCUAUCGAACGAAUCAAAUCGCAAAACGAAGUGCUCAACGUACUCAGCUGUUUUGAUAACGUAAAGAGAUACCUCCCUGGACCGUUGACUGUCCAGAAAGUCAUGAGUCACGACCAAAAAAUUAUAAAAACAGAAGUGAUUGACUUGUAUUCAGAGUUAUUGGGGUCAGUGGUGAGGAUCAUGCUGCCUCACUGGCCCUCUUUCCAAGAGGAAGCGACGUAUUUGUUCACGAUGGAAGAGGGUUUUCAGAUCAGUCACGAAAUACUCGCAAAUCUGUGCGGAUUUCUCAAGGACGAGCGCAACAAUCUCGUUUUAGAAGCUCUGACCAUGAUCACGCUGAAGUACGUGAGGAGCGAUGCAAUCCUGGCUUCGAUACUCGAUUGCAGCGUCGAUGUUUCGUGCCGAAAUAAUUUGGAAAUGCAAACAGAGUGGGAAAAUUAUAUCCAAUUGUUGGCAACGCUGCCAGAGAGGGUGGCGAACAUGUUGAAAACCAAAACGCCGAAGGAGUUUUCGUAUGAAAACUAUUCGUUCGUGCUCUUAUUCCAUAUAGUGAGGAGCAUUGAUUUUAUGGCGGAAUGCAGUUUCCGCGAAGGCACGCAAUUCGACUUGACGUACUUGGCGCUUUUGGUCUCCAAAUUUAUAACGAAUUACAGUCUGAGCGACUCGGAAGGCAUUUACAAGUUAGUCGACGUCUUAAUCGCUUGGACAGACAACAACAGUUCGGAUUCUUGCAAAUUUGUGAGGAGAAAACUGAUCCAGACUUUGCUCAAUCGGAUAAAUCGACAGGCGAUCGAUAAAAUAUCGCUCGUCAUACUGAAAAGGAGUCCGAUAAAUUACAGAAACAGGGACCAAUGUAUCCGAUAUUUACUCGGCAACAAUAUCGAUUCCAACAAAGAUUGGCACGAAAUAUUGACGUUCAGAGUGCCGUUUUACGUGCACCCGAAGAGUUUCACAGAUACGACGAUACCGGAAAACUUGAUCUAUUACGUGUCGAUUAGUAAAAAUUCGCACGACAUUCUGACAGAAUUGGUUCUGAGGCUGGCGAAGACUUGGGCCGACGUGCACCUGAACAACAUAGCGAACAUAGAGCACCACAUGCACACGUGCGUGCUGCUGGUGCUCGCCGUCAAAUACCGCGUCGUCAUAUGGAGGCAGCGGAAAAGCGCGUGGGACGUCAACGACAUCAAGAAGAUCUUGUACAAGGGCAUGUCGAAACAUCUGGACGUGAUUUCCGAAGAUUUCAGAUGCGCGGGAAUGGCCACCGUUGAAAUAUUACUCAAAAUGUUGGUAGAAGUCGACGACUCGGACAAGAAAGCGGUGGAACUGUUGAACUUCAAAUUGGACGAGUUGGGCCCGCGUUGCGUCGAAAUAUACGAGACAUUGAAGAACGUAACGCAGAAAUGUCUGAUAGUCGAUAAAUUGAAGAAACCGAACACCACCGUGAGAGUCAUAAACGUCAAAGAUAUUUUGGAUGAAGUCGCCGAAAGGAUAUCUGGCAAAAUCGAGGCGCCGGUCCACAACACGAUAGUGACCUGCGCCGUGAAGGGACCGGAACAGACCAAAGAAAUCGUUAAGACUAUAAUAUCGGCCAAAUUGGACGCUCUAGGUAAAAGACAACAAGUGGAGGAGUUGGAUUCGGACGACGACUUGCAACCUUACGACAUGAGCAACGACGUGCCGACUGCGGCCAGGAAGAAGCCCAAAUAUCUGCGCGAUUUGAUCGAAACACUCAACGACGGGAACGAUCAAGAGUCGUUCGAAGCGGGGCUGGCGGUCGCGGAAGAGUUGAUCAAACAGCAACUCAAGAAUGAGGACAAGAAGCUGGCGACCGAGCUUUUAGACCUUUUCGUGCAUUUGGAGGAAAAGUUCUACGUCAUUGAAUUCAUGGCGAUAAAGUUGAACAUAGCCGCGGCCAUAGUGUGCAGUCAUCCGGCCGCGUGCGCCGUGCAUCUCUGCAAGGAGAUCCACUCCGACGUCGGCCGAUACUCGAUAUCGACCAAGAUGUUCAUGCUCGACAUACUGUCGGAGGCCGUAGUCAAAAUAACCGCCAUAAAAAAGCAAGAGGACACAGUGUACACGGGCCCGCAGAAUGUGCUCAAAGAGACUCCCAGAGAAGAGAUCAUGAGACGGCGGCUGUUGAGCAAAACUAAAUAUUUCCAUUCGUACCAACAGCAUCCAUUCGCGAAGUUGACGAAAAACGAAUUCGCGGCCGUGUCGGACUAUUUCUUCUAUCCGCUGGUCAACGGUUUCGGUGAUCGCCAGUUGACCUUGAGCCAUCACAACACCAAACAAGACGUCGAGAGUCUUUUGCUGUUGAAGUAUCUAUCCACUGUGGGCACUAUAAUCAUCGCUUCGGCGAACUGUCCGAAAUGUCUCGUUUACUGCCGAGAAAUUUUGCAGAUGAUAUUGUAUUUGAGGUUCACGCCCGACCCAAAGAUCCAGUUGUGCGUGAUAUCUCUGAUCGCCACGGUCAUAGCGGCUCUGCCCGACUCUAUUCUGAGGGAAGAGUUCGGCGACACGAUCAUGGAGUUGUCGGCGUGGCUGGUCGACCUGAUGACCAACGGCGACCUGACCAACAGACUGGGCGGGCCGAAGUCCGAGUCGGUGAUCUAUGCCGGCGAAGUGUUGCAUGUGAUCGAGGGUAUCAUGGCACUGUAGACAACGAUAUUUCAUACUAGCGGACACCCGCGACUUCGUUAGCCCUUUGACCCCAUUAAUCCGACCCUUUUGCAAAAUCUGUUCUUAGUGGACGCCUACUAUAAGCUACCUUCAAAGAUCAUAUACUUUGACACAAAAGUAACGUCUAGCGAGGCAGGUCCUUAUGUAAUUAGUCUGAUAAUGACGUCAUUACGACAUGACAAUCAGAGGAUAUAAUUGAAAAUUAUGACGUUUUGAAUUAAAAAGAAAAAUAAUCUUCAAAUUUGAAAUUUUAAAGAAACGUAAUAUAAAGUGUAUGUACUAAUGCUACUAUUGUAAUGGUUCUCUAGAGUAAGAUAAUCGAGCAACUAAUUGAGAAACUCUAUUGACGACUCUAAGUUGACGAAGUAAGAUACUAAGUUAAGUGUAGUUAUAAAUUGAAGUAUUUCAUACAAAUCAGAUAUUUAUGCUUUAAAUGCUUUGCUUUGCAUUUUCGGGUAAUUUAAGUCAUAAACUACUAUUGAUAUAGGCAAACCACAUCAGGCUUCGUCCGCACAGCACAGGGGAGGGGGGAGGGGGUUAAGGUUUAUACGACAUUUAUACACGAACAAAAUUUUCCCUACGUCUUCAAAUUAAAGUCACCACAACAAACUCAGCCAGGGUUUAUUUUUGUUAUUUAUCAUCAUUUUAUAAAUAUAUCUAGAACUACGUACACAAUUAUAAUAUAGUUAAAUUCAAUACCAAAUUUUUUUAUCGUUUAUAUAAUCUUUAACACUUUAAUGAGAUUUUUCUAUAUUCUAUAUUCGAUAAAAAACUUUAAACAUGUUGAGAGACAUGCCCGUGGUUUCAUGUGUCAUCAUCAUUGACCUCUUAUAAUAAAAGAACGAACAAUCAUGUAGAAAAAGUCACUUUAAAACUGGCCAAUUUUGCUUUGGCACUUUUAGUAAUUGGUAAUUGGUAAACAAAUUAUACCUUAAAGCAUUUAAACAGAAUCCAAUAUUCAAUAAAAUUCCAAAUUCAGAGCAAAUUCAACUUUAACAAUUGGUUUUAGGGUUUAAUUCGCAAAUGCGACUACUUGAAUUGAGUGCCAAGAAGUUGUGUUUUGACACUCAUUGAGUGUGGACGUUUUUUGCCGCUGAUUCUUACAUUUUUAGAUAACUUAUCAGCAAUCGCCCUUAAACAACCCCCCACCCCCCCCAUGCACGGCGCGGAUGAAUAUUUAGGUAGUUUGCCAAUAAAUAUUUAGAUCUUACGUCCGACUAAUCACAAGCGCAGUUUUAAAGAACUGUUGUGAUUGGUCACACGUAAUUCGUAUUUCGUAGCAUUUAUUAUCUAAUAAGUGUAGCUAGUUCAUAAGUUACUUUAUGAUUGUAAUUUUAUCUGUAAUUCCCACCAUGAGGCGAUCAUGAGAAUAAAUUAUUUUUAAUGUUCAA